CCACCAAGGUCUUCCAAGAACAUGGAAGUAAAAAACCAGACCACUGUCUCUGAAUUCCUCCUCCUGGGACUCUCUGAACAACCAGAGCAGCAGCUGAUUCUUUUUGGGCUGUUCCUGGUCAUGUACCUGGUUACUGUGGUAGGAAAUCUCUUCAUCAUCCUAGCCAUUGGCUCAGACUUACAUUUGCAUAGCCCAAUGUAUUUCUUUGUGGCAAACCUCUCUUUUGCUGACAUGAGUUUCAUCUCUACCACUGUUCCCAAGAUGUUAGCAAAUAUCUGGACCCAGAGUCAGACUAUCUCCUUUGAAGGCUGUUUGACUCAGAUGCAUUUCUUCAUGACAUUUGGGGCUCUUGAUGAUUUUCUUCUGGGAGUAAUGGCAUAUGACCGCUAUGUGGCCAUCUGCCAGCCUCUCCACUAUGCCAUAAUUAUGAGCUCUGGAAUAUGUAUACUACUGCUAGCUGUGUGCUGGUUCCUCACCAACUCUGCUGCCUUUUUACAUACUUUCCUUAUGGCUAGUUUAACUUUCUGUGCAGAGAACCGUAUCCCUCACUUCUUUUGUGACUUGACCCCUUUACUAUCACUCUCCUGCUCAGACACCAGCAUAAAUCAGCUGAUGCUGUUUAUUGUGGGUUCAAUAGUCCUUACUGCUCCCCUAACCCUCAUUGUUAUCUCCUAUGUCCACAUUAUCUCUGCCAUUCUAAGAAUACCAUCUGCCUCUGGAAGGUGGAAAGCCUUUUCUACCUGUGGUUCACAUCUCACUGCAGUUUCCCUAUUCUAUGGGGCUGCCAUUGGGGUAUAUUUGUGUCCGCCAUCCACACACUCUGCUGGGAAAGAUAGAAUUGCUGCUGUUCUGUAUACUGUGGUCACUCCUAUGUUGAACCCUUUCAUUUAUAGCUUGAGGAACAGGGACAUGAAGAAGGCUUUGGUGAAACUCCUUAAGAGGAAAGCAUUAUCUUCUUAAAGUAUAGU